AUGCCUCCUAUCUAUUACCUAAAUCCCCCCCCAAAUCCUUUCUGGGAUUUUGUCGCCGGGAUUGAAGAUCACCCAUUCUUCACCCAUUAUCGGGGCGCUGUUCCACCACCACCACCAGCUCGCCCUGGAACUGAACAAACCCAAACUCAAGCCACUGCUACUGCUGCUGCCGCUGAGGCCAGCGAAAAAGCCAAAGGCAAGCAACCAGAAACCUACGUCGAGGAUCCACCUGAAGUUGAUCCUUCAACCAUCCGUCCUGAAGGCAAAGACAAAGACACUAGCAUGCCAUUCCGUGGUCGCGGUCGUUUCGCAAAGGCCUUUGAAGGCGACGAAAAGGACGACGAGAAGGGCCGUCAUCGAGGCGGUCCGGGCUGGCGUGGACAUCAUGGCCACUGGAGGGGGGGUCACCAUGGGCCUCAUCCUUUCGGACCACCCCCAUUCAUGUUUGGUCCACGUUUUGGCCCAUGGGGCCCACCACCGCCACCACCAGUAGGAGGCCAAGAAGGUCCGGAGGGCCGUGGUCCAUUUGGCGGAUUUCGUGGACGCGGGGGUUGCCCUCGCGGCCGUCACGGACAUCAUGGCGGUCCUCACUCCCGCUCACCACCACGCGAGCACAGAUCGGGUGGCUUCGAUCUGAGCGCUUUCCUCAACAGAUUAGGCGAACGUCUUGGUGUCGACCUCUCCUCCGCCGCCGAAGGACUAGGUCUCGACCUUGACCGCUUCAAAUCGCGCUCAAAUGACAGCGAUUUCGAACCGAGAACCGACAUCUUCGACACCACUACCCAAUACAUAAUCCACAUAUCUCUUCCAGGUGCGAAGAAAUCUGAUGUCGGUGUUGAAUGGGAUGGUGAGCAUUCCGUUCUCCGAGUCACGGGCGUCGUCCAUCGCCCCGGCGUAGAUGAAGAAACAAUGACGCACUUGGUUGUCGACGGCCGCAAGAGAGAGACGGGCGUUUUUGAGAAGAACGUGCGUCUAGGUACACAGAAGGAGCCUGCCUGCGUUGAUGUCCAGGGCAUCACCGCCAAGAUGGUCGACGGCGUCCUCGUGGUGCAAGUCCCCAAGGUUGAGAAGAAAUUUGAGAAGAAAGAAGUCCGUGUUGAUGGGUCGUCGCCUGAAGUGUCCACCGAACGGCCCGAGGACGCGUACAUGAAUGAAAAUGACUUGCUCUUCGACGCCCAGGAAGACAGAGAUGAGGAGAUGUACGAUGCCGAACCAACUCGCAAUCGGCCCUUCCCAGCGAAGGCGACUUUGAGCGAGACGUCGAAGAGCAAGCAAAAGGAAGCCGAACGGGAAGCGAGAGAUGACCGCUCCGAAACUGUGGGGUUCGAACAUGAAAACGAAACAGUCGAGACUCUUCCCAGGUAUGAAGCUGAGGAUACCAGUCAUCGCCAGCAUGCCGGGGAAGAGGAAAUGAGCGAUUGGGAGAAAGCCGGGUCGGAGGAUGAAGGCGAGUACGUCAAGAUCAACGUUGAUUAG